ACAUAGUUACUCAUACACGCGUGGUGCCGUCAUUAGCUUCUUACAAGUGAAAUCACGUAACGCCUAUAUAUGACACACAGUGCACAUUGUGUGCGAUAGAACUGUACUUGUAGUGGUAGUAGUGUAGUAACAACGAUUGACUGAGUCUCUUGUACGAGUGGGAAUUUGAUAAAAGUAUAGUAACAGUUUUGAAGCGGUUAAGAUAGCGUGCUGUUUAACGUGGAUUUUUACGUUCCUCGAUUCAUUUUUUCAAUAAGGCAAUGAAAGGAUGAACACUUUCAAGUGUUUUGUGUUCGUCUUCGCUCUUGCGAUUAAUUCAUUAACAAAUGCAUAUGACUACGAAUGUAAUGUGCCUCUUUUGGAUAAAGCCCAUUUAACAGCAACUACAUCUUUACCGGAGAGAGGAGCUAAAAAUGCAAGACUCAAUGGGGAUUCUGCGUGGUCACCAGAACUUAGCAGUUAUGAUCAACAUCUUACUGUGGAACUGAGCGACAGGUACGAGAUACGCAGCGUUGCGACACGGGGUCGCGCUCAUACUAAUGAAUAUGUGACAGAAUAUAUUGUCCAAUAUUCUGACGAUGGUCAAGCCUGGACUAGUUAUGAAGGUCAAGAUGGUGUAGAUGAGAUGUUCAAAGGAAAUACAAAUGGAGAUACCAUCAAACUUAAUAAAUUUGAAGUUCCAAUAAUUGCACAAUGGAUAAGAAUAAAUCCAACCAGAUGGCGAGAUAGAAUAUCAUUAAGACUUGAAUUAUAUGGAUGUGACUAUGAAUCUGAUGUAUUAUCAUUUAAUGGAUCAUCUCUGGUUCGUCUAGAUCUGUUGAGAGAACCAAUUGAAACCGAUAGACACUCUAUACGUUUUCGUUUUAAAACUAACUUUGCAGAUGGUAUAUUAAUGUAUUCACGUGGUACGCAAGGAGAUUUCAUUGCAUUGCAGUUACGCGACAAUAGAAUGUUAUUGAAUAUAGAUCUUGGAUCUGGUGUUAUGACAAGUUUAUCGGUAGGAAGUCUUUUGGAUGAUAACAUGUGGCAUGAUGUUGUUAUAUCAAGAAAUAGAAAAAAUAUUUCUUUCUCCGUCGAUAGGGUGUUAAUAAAAGAAAGAAUCAAAGGAGAAUUUCAUCGUCUAGAUUUAAACAGAGCGCUUUAUAUAGGUGGAGUACCUAACAAGCAAGAAGGUUUAGUAAUAGGCCAAAAUUUCACAGGAUGUAUAGAAAACUUUUAUUUGAAUACUACCAAUAUUAUUCAUGAUUUAAAAGAAACUGAAUACACCGGAGAAAAUUUAAGAUAUCAGAAGGUUCAUGCGCUUUACAAUUGUCCUGAACCUCCUGUCAUUCCCAUAUCAUUUUUAACACCUGGAUCUUAUGCACGGCUCAAAGGUUAUGAAGGAAUUCAAUCGUUGAACGUUUCACUUGGAUUUCGAAGUUACGAGGAUCGAGGAAUAAUCCUUUACCAUAAAUUUACAUCUCCAGGACAUGUUAAACUAUUCUUAGAACAAGGCAAAUUGAAAGUCGAAAUCGAAACGGGAAAAAGUGCGAAAGUAAUUUUAGAUAAUUUUGAAGGAAAAUUUAAUGAUGGAAAGUGGCAUCAAGUGAUUUUAACAGUAGCACAAAAUACUCUUAUAUUAAAUGUUGAUGAUAGACCUAUGAGAACUAAACGUCUUUUGGAAAUGAUAACUGGACCAAUAUAUUGGGUUGGUGGUAUGUCAGGAGAAGAAAGUAAUCGUGGGUUUGUUGGUUGUAUGAGAAUGAUAAGUAUUGAUGGAAAUUAUAAAAUACCAACCGAUUGGAAAGAAGAAGAAUACUGUUGCAAAAAUGAAGUUGUUUUUGAUGCUUGUCAAAUGGUUGAUCGUUGUAAUCCUAAUCCUUGUAAACAUUCUGGUAUAUGCAGUCAAAAUUCAGAUGAAUUCUUUUGCGAUUGUACUCAUACUGGUUACUCAGGAGCUGUUUGUCAUACUUCACUAUAUCCCUUAUCUUGCGAGGCGUAUAAAAAUAUGAAUUCGGUAAAUCAAAGAGCAGAAAUUAAAAUUGAUGUUGACGGAAGUGGACCAUUAGCACCUUUUCCAGUAACUUGUGAAUUUUUUACCGAUGGACGAGUAAUGACAGUUCUAAGGCAUAGUAACGAAUACCCAACGCCCGUUGAUGGAUUUGAAGAACCAGGCAGUUUUAUUCAAGAUAUCAAUUAUGAUGCUGAUCUUGAUCAAAUAGAAGCUUUCUUAAAUCGAUCAACGCGAUGUAGGCAAAGAAUAAAAUACGAAUGUAAACACUCGAAAUUGUUUAAUACACCAGUUGGACAGAAUGAUUACUUUAAACCAAAUUCAUGGUGGGUAAGCAGACAAAAUCAAAAAAUGGAUUAUUGGGGUGGCGCUUUACCUGGUUCACGUAAAUGCGAAUGUGGAAUACUUGGAAAUUGUGCGGAUCCGAAUAAAUGGUGUAACUGUGAUGCUGACUUAGAAGGUAGACUCGAAGAUAGCGGUGAUAUUACAGAGAAGGAAUAUCUUCCUGUGAAACAAUUACGUUUCGGAGAUACUGGAACAGCAUUGGAUGAAAAGGAAGGCAAAUAUACCUUGGGAUCACUUAUUUGUGAAGGAGAUGGAUCUGAGUUACCUUGGUAUUCUAUUAAAGUAGGAUCAGAUUUAUUCAAGAAUGUAGUAACAUUUCGCAUUGUUGAUGCUACCAUUAAUCUACCUACUUUUGAUAUUGGCCAUAGUGGGGAUAUUUAUUUCGAAUUCAAAACGACUAUUGAAAAUGCUGUAAUUAUUCAUAGCAAGGGUCCUACAGAUUAUAUCAAAGUUUCUAUAAACGGUGGAAACCAGAUACACUUUCAAUAUCAAGCAGGUGGUGGACCACUUGCUGUAAGUGUUGACACAUCUUAUAAAUUAGCUGACAAUCGAUGGCAUUCCGUUUCCGUUGAAAGAAAUCGUAAAGAAGCUAGAAUAGUUAUUGAUGGAGCUUUGAAGAACGAAGUUAGGGAACCUCCUGGACCAGUGCGGGCACUUCAUCUUACUUCGGAUUUGGUAAUUGGGGCAACUGUUGAUUAUAGGGAUGGCUUUGUAGGCUGUAUAAGAGCUUUACUUUUAAAUGGACAAUUACAAGAUAUUAGAAGUUAUGCAAGACGUGGACUGUAUGGUGUUAGUGAAGAUUGCGUAGGACGAUGUGAGAGUAAUCCGUGUCUUAACAAUGGUACAUGUCACGAAAAGUACAAUGGAUAUUGGUGUGACUGUCGUUGGACUGCAUUCAAAGGACCAAUUUGUGCGGAUGAAAUUGGCGUUAACAUGCGUUCAAACUCAAUGAUAAAAUACGACUUUAUGGGCAGUUGGCGUUCUACAAUUUCGGAAAAAAUUAGAGUUGGUUUUACAACGACUAAUCCCAAAGGAUUCCUACUUGGUUUAUUCUCCAAUAUUUCAGGAGAAUAUAUGACAAUUAUGGUUUCUAACAGCGGUCAUUUACGCGUAGUCUUUGACUUUGGUUUCGAACGACAAGAAGUAAUAUUUCCGUCGAAACAUUUUGGUUUGGGCCAGUAUCAUGACGUUAGAUUAAGUAGAAAAAAUUCUGGAUCAGUUCUCGUCUUGAAAGUUGAUAAUUAUGAACCAAAAGAAUUUCAUUUUGAUAUUAAAACUUCGGCCGAUGCUCAAUUCAAUAAUAUUCAAUAUAUGUAUAUAGGUAAAAAUGAAUCUAUGACUGAAGGGUUUGCAGGUUGUAUAUCUAGAGUCGAAUUUGAUGACAUAUAUCCUCUAAAGUUACUAUUUCAAGAGAAUGGUCCAGGAAAUAUUAGAUCUUUAAGUAAUACACCGAUUACGGAAGACUAUUGCGGAGUAGAGCCAAUAACGCAUCCACCAAAUAUUGUUGAAACACGACCACCACCUGAUGUAGACGAAAACAAAGUUAGAGCAGCUUAUAAUGAAACAGAUACUGCAAUUUUAGGAAGUGUAUUAGCUGUUAUUAUUAUAGCUUUAGUAAUCAUGGCAGUACUCAUAGGAAGAUACAUGUCGAGGCAUAAAGGUGAAUAUUUGACUCAAGAAGACAAAGGUGCAGAAAUUGCAUUAGAUCCAGAUUCAGCGGUUGUACAUUCCACGACCGGUCAUCAAGUUCAAAAGAAAAAAGAAUGGUUUAUAUAAAUUCUAUAAAGAAAUGAAAAAUAUAAUUAAUAACAAGUACACGUUUAUCUUUGGAUACAUUAUUAAGAGAACAAAAAAAGUAUACAUAGGAAGAUGAGAGAGAGAGAGAGAGAGAGAGUUAGCGAUUUGUACUUUGUUUCUCUAUUCCCAUGUAAUUAUAAAGUUAAUGCUAAGUAUUUGAUAUAUAGUAGAAAUGGCUGUCCUACCACUUCAUACAGUUUAUAAGAUAAAUCAACGAAAGCAUUAUAAUAAUCAAUCUCUAUUAUUAAUAUUAUUGAACAAGAAUUUUCGGUUCAACGAGCUCAGAAAAUAAUGUAGAAAUAAUUGCCUUGAUCAAUUAUAAACGCAAAACUACCUGAGAAUCUCAUUAGCGCAGGGAAAAACGAGCCAUAUUUAUUUUAUAAUUGCGAACAUAUGAUUAUUUUCUAAAGUUAUUAAUGGCUCAAUUAUUUCACAUAAAUACUUGUAUGACUUAUAAGUAUUUAUACUGUAAUUAUAGAUAUAUGAAUAUAUUUAUUAAAUGUACAUCUGGCAUUAUAUAAUUAGUCGAAAAAUAUCAUUUUUAAUUAUUAAGCCAAAUCAAAUAUAGCAGAUAUAAUAAUUCAAUAUUAUUGAUCCAGAUUUUAUUUUGUCAUUUUUAUAUAUCGUAACUUUUAUAUUCAUUUGGAAACUAACUCAGAGACGUCGUUAUUCAAAUAUUUUUUUGUUAAUUUUCUUAUGCCAGUACGAUUUAAACAAGUUUUUGUCAAUGUACAAAAGCUAUUUUAUUAGUUACGCAUCUCUAUUUCUUUAAAUACUAACUCACAGUAUUAGUUGUAAUCUUUACCGUCCAAAGUGCAUUUUUUUUUUAUUUUUAAUUUUAUUUUUAAUUUUAAUUUUAAUUUUAAUUUUAAUUUUAAUUUUAAUUUUGUUUUAUUUUUAUUCGUUAAUUAUAUUUUUACAGAUUUUUAGUUGACGUAACUUAAGAUAUAUAAAUCCACAAUGAUAACUUAAUAAUUAACUUAGUGUACUAUUCUUAAUAUACUCAAGUAUUACAAUGGAAAUGUAUGUACAUAUGACAUUUUUAUAUGAACAACUUUUAUUAUUUUUAUCAUUAAACUGUAUUUGAUAAAAUGUAAUUAGAACAUGACAUUAUUGUCAAAUAAAGGCGAACAUACCGCAAAAAGUA